AUGUCGACGAUAACAUUUAUUGCCAAAAAACGUACAUAUAUUAUUCCACAAAUUGAUGUUACUUUUCAAACUCUUACAAAUCUGUUCUUUAUUGAUAAAAAAUAUCGACCAUGUCCUAAUUUGGAGUUAGUUAUUCGGCAACUGAACUUUGAUUUCUAUCAUGAUCUUCUUCCUAUUAUUGCUCGAUGGGCUUCAGAUCAUACUCAAUCAAAUUCAAUUAUACCACUUCAAGCAGGUACUACUGCUCGUGUUACUUAUACAUCUAGCCAAGCUCGUUAUAUUCUUGCAAAUGCAUUUUUUCUUAAUACAACGACAGGAUAUGGUAGUAUCGAUUUUAUCGAUAUAUACCAUGUACCAUUUGAUCGAGUAGCUAUCGAGCGAAUCCGAUGUUUAAUUGAAUAUUUUAGACUUUUAUCGCAACAAGAAGAAAAUAACAAUGAUCAUCGAAUUAUUUCAAUCGAACGAUAUUCAUAUGGUGAGGAAUUACUCGACUGGAAAAAACAAUUGGUUCCAAUUCUAGAAUCCAAAAUAAAUGUGUUUAUUGAUCGAAUGGAAGCAUCCGAAGAGGCACAUGGCUUUGUAGAUUUUGCUAAUAAAAAAAUUCAUAUUCAUUCGAUCAUGCCAUCAGCCACGCAAGAAGAAAUUUUAUUCAGCUGCUGUCCUGAAGCAUUUUUGGCUAUUCUAGUAUGUGAUACACUACGGUCUGAUGAAAUUGUUAUACUUCGUGGAUGUAAACGAUUUGUUGACUAUAGUGGCUAUGGUGAAACAUUCAAAUUUGUUGGUUCACAUCUGAAUUAUAAUUCAGCAAAUAUUCAAGAUAUUCUUAUUAUGGAUGCUUGUUUAUCAAAUCAUUUUAGUCAAUACCAUAUCGAUCGAGAUUUAGGUAAAGUGUGGGCUGCAUUUUCCAAAGCUAAGAAUGAAGUCAUUGUUACUGGUAAUUGGGGAUGUGGUGUGUUCGGUGGAGAUCCCACAUUUAAAUUUCUACAACAAGUAUGUGCUACAACGGGCAUUACUAUUCCAACAACUAUUAUUCUGACGAAAAAGGAAAACGUUGUUGAAACAAAUUUAACAACAAUAACGAUGACAACAGCAAAAGGGGCAACAACAUCAAAAAACCCAUCAACAACAGCAACAACAGCAACAACAGCAAAAGCAUCAACAACAACAAAAGAAGCAGGUAUGUCUGUGUUCAAAGAGAGUCUUAUCUCACUUGAGAGUAUUGACGGACGUGUUUAUGGCGUACAUGAUACAGAGAUAAACCAGGAUAGUCGAGAAUCAAAACCUGACCAAAAGGGUCAGUAUCCUUCAAGCGAGUCACCAGCCGAUGCAUGUGACGGUAAUCUUCACACAAAGUAUGUAAACUAUGGAGACUGUUCAACUGGUUACACUAUACGUGAGUGUGGUUUGGAUACUGGUUUUUACCUGGAGUUAAAGCGAGGUGCAUCAUUAGUUACAGGUUUACAAAUCUGCACAGCCAAUGAUUUUCCAGAACGAGAUCCACUUACAAUGUCAUUGGAAGGAAGUAAUCAAUCUAAAUCGAAUCUCACUCUCGGUUCAAGCUGGAAUCUGAUCUACAAUGGGACUAGUGGUCUCGAAAUUGAUCCUGGUAGACUCAACUGUGGAAAUGUACAAUCAACCAAAAAUUCAAUUCAAUAUAAAAGUUAUCGGUUUCUUGUUUCGAGCAAGCGGGAUAUCUCGAACAGUGUUCAAUAUUCUGAAUUAAAGUUAUUUGAAUAUUGA